CGUAUCAAAUUAAUAACAAGCAUUUGUGAAAGACAAGGAAGAUUAAAAAGAUGGGCAAUUUUCUCCGGAAAAGCAGCAACGUGCACCCGGUGUUCGGCGACGGAGGACGGGGAGAAAACGUGGAGGCCGGAGAAAAGAAGGGUCACUUAAGGAUAAAAGUGAGGAUGAGAAGGGAUAAACUAGAAGAGCUUUUGUAUUUGGCUCGUCGUGGUGAUCAAUCUGACGGUGAAGUUGACGGUGGUCAGAUGGGUUUCUUGAUUCUUAAAGAAUGUAUGGAAGGUCGCUUACCGGUGACGGUUCUUAGCUCCGAUGAUGAUGUUUCGCCUCAACAGUGUGAAAAUUACUUGGUGUCGAGAAGAUUGAGUUCCAUCAAAGAGGAAUAACUGAAUGAAUAUGUGUGUUGAUUCAUGGAUACCAAAAAAUAAGCUUGAAGUUUUUAAAACUUUAGAUUAGCGCGCACUUCAAUAGCGUUUUUUUCGUUUCAGAUCCUUCUAAUUUAUAUUUUGUUAGGCUAAGAAGAAUAAGAGAGUAUGUUGGCUCAUGCAUUUUAAAGAUACAAAUGUAAAUUUCUACAUUUUCUUUUCGUCUAAGGAAUGUAAUUUCACAUUUACAAAAAUAUGAAUUCUUCAUCUUAAUCAAA